GGGAGCCAGGACGCCUGGGUUCUAAUCCCGGCUCUGCCCUGCAGACCUCUCCGCCCUCUGUCUCAGCUCCUCGCCCUUUGCAGCGCAGAGUCGCAUCCCCCGACCCCCCCCGGUGAAGGCUGCUCUCCCCCGGCCAGGGCGGGGGCGGGGGGAACGGGAGGUUCCCACGUGACUAGGCACCGGGCCAGGCUCCGGGCUCCGGGCUCCUCCGGCACGUUUCUCCGCAGCCCAGCCUGGGACGCGGCCGGACGGGCUCCCCUGGGCGGCUGAGGAUGCCCUGCACCCAAGCGGCCCCCCGCCACUGAGCCGCACUGCUUCAGCAGCACCCCCCGUGGCAAGCAGGGCCUGGCGAGCGCCCGCUGCUGGAGAGCCAGAGUGGGCAGGGCCGCGCCAUGUAGCGCUCACGGGAGCCACCGGCAUGGAGCUGAUCACGGCGGAGUCCCCGGCCCGGCUGGUCCGGCUCUACCGUGAGUAUCACAACAACGAGCUGAUCUCGCUGCAUUACAACUACACGGGGAAGCUGCAGGCCAGCAGCAAGUACAAGGGCGGCCUGAAGGCUGAUGCGGUGGCGUUCCUGGCCAUCUGCGCCCUCAUCGUGCUGGAGAACCUGGUGGUGCUGCUGGCCAUCUGGAGGAACAAGAAGUUCCACUCACCCAUGUUCUACCUACUGGGCAACCUGACCCUGUCGGACCUGCUGGCCGGCCUGGCCUACACCGCCAAUAUCGCCAUGUCGGGCGCCAACACCCUCCAGCUCACCCCACUGCUGUGGUUCCUCCGGGAGGGGGGCGUCUUCAUCACGCUGGCCGCCUCCGUCUUCAGCCUGCUGGCCAUCGCCAUCGAGCGGCACAUCACCAUGAGCCGCAUGAGGCUGUACCACAGCGACAAGAAGGGCCGCAUGUUCCUGCUGGUGGGGGCCACCUGGGUGACUUCGGUGCUGCUGGGGGUGCUGCCCAUCAUGGGCUGGAACUGCCUGGACAGCCUGGCUGACUGCUCCACCGUCCUGCCGCUCUUCUCCAAGAGCUACAUCCUCUUCUGCAUCACCGUCUUCCUGGCCAUCCUGGUGUCCAUCACGGUGCUCUACGCCCGCGUCUUCCGCAUGGUCAAGGGCCACAGCCCGCGGCUGGGCAGCCUGCGCAAAGGGAUGCUGAAGCGCUCGCAGAAGUACAUGGCCCUGCUCAAGACGGUCACCAUCGUGGUGGGGACUUUUGUGGCCUGCUGGCUGCCCCUCUUCCUGCUGCUGCUGCUGGAUGUGUGGUGCAAGGCUCAGGCCUGCGGUGUGCUCUACAAGGCCGACUACUUCCUCGGCUUGGCCAUGAUCAACUCCCUCCUCAACCCCAUCAUCUACACGCUGACCAGCAAGGACAUGCGCCGGGCCAUCCUCAAGCUGCUCUGCUGCCUGCUGGUGGGGCCAGCCGAGGACGGCCCGGCCCAGCGCUUCGGGAUCCCCAUCCUGGAGUGCAGCACCAGCAAGUCAGAGCGCUCGUCCCACCGGCCUGAGGGGCUCGAGACCAGCCUGUCCACGGGCAACGGGACGCCCACCCCCGUCAAGGUGCUGGUGCCCAGUGCCGGGGACUGAGCCCUCUGCCCCCCACCGGGGUAGGAGCGCGGCAUGGGCCGGGGGAAGAGCUGGGACAGGCACCCCCUGAGACUUGGAAUGGCUGGAGCCCUGGCUGCCUGGGAGGCGAGGGACCCCCGCAGGGAGCCAAGUGUGCCCACCAGAGGGCCGCAGCCCAGGGGUGCCCCCUGCUGGCCUGGUCUGUACGAAGCUCGUUGCUGGUCCGGGCAGCAUAUCUGUACGGCGCACAGUGUUAACACCUGCGGGCCCAAAUCGGCUCAGACAAGCUGCCAUAGGGCGACCAGACGUCCUGAUUUUAUAGGGACAGUCCUGGUUUUUUGGGUCUUUUUCUCAUAUAGGCUCCUAUUACCUCCCACCCCCUGUCCUGGUUUUUCACGCUUGCUGUCUGGUCACCCUAAGCUGCCAUCCCCCCACAAGUGAUCCAGUACACCCCCCCGGUGCAGAGCCCAUCCCAGACCUUGUGCCCCAUGCGGCCCCCCCCCGUGGCCAGCACAGACCAGAUUACAACCCCUGUGCCCCCUCCCAGAGGCUCAGCACAGCCCACUUCCCACUCCGGUGACCCAGUACCCUAGAUCCCCCCAUCCCCAGCACAGACUGGCCCCCCAUGCGCUGCGUGGGGGCUCUCUGGACAGGUCCUGCGCUCCCCUCACUCGUGGUAAAUUAAGGCCUCUAGGGGCGCCUUGUUGAUUUUUUUAACAGUUUGUAAUAAAAAGCUUCCUUGGA